AUGGGCGUCUACGAAGAAAGGGGGGAGCAAAUCAAACCAAACCAGAAGCUGGUUAGUUGGAGAACCAAGCCAACUUCGUUCAACAGGGGACGUCCCUUAGAGAUUCUUUAUGCAAUUGGGGGAGUCAGCCCUACGGGCCUCCCUGGUGGGGUGGAGCGUUACAACCCCCUGGAUCAUGAGUGGCAAAUCCUGGGCUCGGUCUGGAGGCAGCGGAGUGGCCUUGGGGUGGCUUCCCUCAACGGCUCCAUCUAUGCAGCAGGCGGCCACGAUGGGCUGGUGUGCCUCAAUAGCGUUGAGAGGUAUGUGCCCGAAAUCAAUGAGUGGAAGAGAAACGUCGCCCCUCUGAGUGAACCCAAGCAAGAUGUAGCCAUGGCGGAACUCGGCGGUUACUUAUAUUGUGCCGGUGGUUUUGAUGGGCUGGUUUGCCUCAGCACAUUAGAAAGAUACGACCCUGCUCUGGACCGAUGGCAGAAGUUGGCACCUAUGAUGCGUCGUCGGAAAGGCUUGGGCUUGGCCGUACUGGAUGGAUGUUUGUAUGCUGUUGGGGGCUCCGAUGGGUAUUCUCCCUUAUGCUCAGUCGAGCGCUACAAUCCCACCGAGGACCAGUGGGCCGCUUGCCCUCCGCUCCGCAGCUGUCGUGAAAACCUGGGUUGCGUUGCGUUGCAAGGCAAGAUCUAUGCCGUCGGUGGGCAGGACGAGCUGACCGAACUCUGCACCGCUGAGCGCUUUGAUCCCCUCAUCAACCGCUGGACGCCUGUGAGGCCCAUGAGGUCCAAAAGGAGCCAGGUUAGCCUCGCUGCUGUCCACGGGCAACUGCUGGCCAUCGGGGGCUACGACGGCAUCGUUCACGUUUCGACGGUGGAAGCCUUCGAUCUGGACCUCAAUGCGUGGAGAAGUUUUGGCAACAUGAAGAGGCGUCACCCAGGUGGAGGCGUUACCGUGAUCCAAAUGGCCACUGAAGAUGCGGAAUCCUUUAAGUCUCCUUGGAGCAGAUAAUCAGAAGAUGAACGAGAACUAGUUCUAGAUUCCGAUUAGGUAGGGCGAGUU